AUGGAGUGGCAGCUGCUGGCCUUGCGGAUCCUGGCCAACGUCCUGGUCCUGAUCCUCCUCGCGACCAGCGCCUACGCCGUGGUCCUGGUGGUGCAGCGGAGCUCCGCCCCCGACGCGAACGCCAACUGGUGGCGCCAGAACGAAGUGACCCUGGUCGUGACCGCCAUCGGCCUCCUCUUCCCCAAGCUCUUCGACUGGAUCGGGAUGAUGGAGAAGCGGCACCCGAGGCAGCAUCUCCGCUGGCAGCUCGCCAGGAUUCUGGUGCUGAACCUGGUGAACCUGUACACACUGAUCCUGGCUUUGUUCGGCAAGGUGGAGCUCAUGACGGAGGAGCUGGCCACCUUGAAGGCGAACCUGACGACAACGACGACGGUGACGGGGCUGCCCAUCGACCUGAGCCCCGAGCCGUGGAAGCCGGUCAUGGAGUGCGAGAACAUCACGGUGGACUGCGGGUACUUCACGACGACGGGGAGGCCAGCGUGGAGGACAUCGACGGCGGCUUUCGAGACGUCGACGGCGGGGUGGCCCGAGGACGGGGAGGAGGGAUGGCCCGGGACUAAUUCCCGGAACGACUCGUUCAUGGAUGCCUUGAACGCGACGGACGAGGGACGGGAGGCGACCGAGUACGACCGAUACGACCGGUACGACCGACAAAAUUGGACCGAGUACUUGAAUGAGAAUUUGACGGAGUACGCACAUGCGAAUUGGACGGAGUACGCUCUCCCGAAUUUGACGGAGUACGUGUACCCGAAAUGGGCCAACACCGUGGAAGCAGAGGUUUUGGUGACGGGGUCCUCCCUGCUUGGCCCGGCUACCGAAGAGGCCUCGACGAGGUACAGUCCGACGAACGAGGAUGGCAUCACCAAGGAGCGCCCGAAGACCUUCCUCGAGAUGCAGGCCGAGGAGCGGCUGGCGCUGGAUCGGCUGGGGAAAAGAACGAGAUCGUCGUCGCCCAGGGAGGAGAAGGUGGCGGAGGGGGAGGAGGGGGAGGAGGGGGAGGGGACGAGUACGACCGACGCGGGGGGAGAUGGGUGCGUGAUCACGUUCUGCAGCGAGGUCACCACCGAAGCGACCCGGACCACGGACUUCCGAACCGAGAGGCUUACGGGGGAGGAGGAGGCCCGGCUGCGCUACCUCUGCUGGGAGACCAUGUUCGGGCAGGAGCUGGUGAAGAUCACGGUCAUGGACCUGGUGCUCACCGGGGGGGCCGUCUUCAUCACGGACUUCAUCCGGGCGGUGUUCGUCAGGGUCAUGAACCGGUGCUGGUGCUGGGACCUGGAGAAGAGGUGGCCGGCGUAUCCGGACUUCGACGUGGCCGAGAACGUGCUGCAUGUCGUCAACAACCAGGGGAUGGUCUGGAUGGGGAUGUUCUUCUGCCCCGGACUACCGGGGAUCAACGUCCUGAAACUGAUCCUGCUGAUGUACACGCGGAGCUGGGCGGUGGUGACGUGCAACGUCCCCCACGAGAUCGUGUUCAGGGCGUCGCGCUCCAACAACUUCUACUACGGGCUGCUGCUGCUCUUCCUCUUCCUCUGCACGCUGCCGGUGGGGUACGCGGUGGUGAGGCUGCCGCCGUCGUGGCACUGCGGGCCGUUCUCGGGCUACGCGAGGGUCUACCACAUCUUCACGAGGAGUCUGAAGGCGGCGGUGCCCGAGAGCGUCCAACUGGGGUUGGACUACGUGGCGUCGCCGGGGGUGGUCAUCCCGCUGGUGGUGCUGCUCGUGCUGGUCAUCUACUACCUCGUGUCGCUCACGGCGGCGCUGAGGGAGAGCAACGGGGACCUCAAGAUUCAGCUGCGAAGGGAGAGGACGGAGGAGCGGAGGAAGAUGUUCAAGAUGGCGGAUCACAAGAGGGGGGGCGGGGACAUGCGGAGCAAGUGGGACGAGUACAUCCUGCCGGCGUUGAGGCAGAGGAGCAGCGAGGGGUCCUCCACGGCUCAGCCGGAGUCCGUGUCGCAGAUCGACAAGGAGAAACGGGCGCUCGAGCUCGUAAGGAAGAAGAUGAGGCAGAGGAAAGAGAGACUGGAGAAGCAGAAAGAGAAGAAAAUGGUGAGCAAGGUCCCUCUCAUCAAGAUCAGCCACGAAGACGAGCUGACGAACCCCUGAUCUCGGUUCCCCGAAGUUGAGAAUGGAUUUGCACGGGAAAGUUUCGUUUGCA